CCUUGUUAAGAAACAGGUGUUUCUACAGUGAGACUUCUGGCAUUGGCUUCUGAGAAGUGCUUGCUCACGCUACCAAAAGAAACUAGUUCUCAACCAGUGUGGCUGUUAAAAAAAGAUUGCAACUGCAGUGAAGGAGCAACUACGGUGAAGAGUAACUACAGUGCAAUUUCAUUAUGAUCUGCAGUACAUGAGUACAAAAGAUAAAGCUUACCCCAAAAAAAAAAAUAAGAAAAAGAAAAAAAAAACCAUGCCUUACUAGGAUAUCACAUGUUCAUGACCACAGUGGUGCCUUAAAGUUAAAGCUCAAAAGCAGAAGUUCAAAGCAGUGCAGCCUACUUGAAGCAACAACGUCUAACAGUCUCACAUUCACCUCCAUCUUAUUAAUGGAAUUCACGGAGAAAGAUGAAGAUAAAGAGGAGAUGAACAUCUAUGCUAAUGUACAUUCUGUAAACAUUCAUGAUGUCAGGACAGAAACAGAGAACACCAGGAAACACCAAACACCUCAACACACAGGAAGUGAUUGCGUGAAGAUCAGAAGCUCCAGAGCAGCUGUAGUGUGUUUUGUUCUGCUGUGUGUUCUUCUGCUGACUGCAGUCAUAGUGCUGUGUGUCCACAUCCAUACAAACAACACAAACUACACAGAAGACAGAGAUGAGCUACUAACCAGGAAUACAGAACUCACAGAAAAGACAUACCAGCUACUAACUAAGAUUGUCAACCUCACAGAAGCGGGAGACCAGCUACUAAACAAGAGCAUGCAGCUGACAAAAGAGAGAGAUGAAUUAUUAUCAAGUAACCAUGUUCUGAUUAAACAAACAGACCAAUUACGUCAGGAGAAAAAUGAACUGUUGAUAAGUAUUCGUGGAAUGGAUGGAUGGAUUUACUAUCAGUCUAAUCUGUACUUCAUUUCCUCUGAGAAGAAGAGCUGGACUGAGAGCAGAAGAUCCUGUACAGAGAGAGGAGCAGAUCUGAUCAUCAUAAACAACAGACAGGAACAAGAUUUUGUGAAGAAAAUAUCUGCUAAUGCUCAUGUCUGGAUUGGUCUGACUGACAUUGAUGUGGAGGGCACAUGGAAAUGGGUUGAUGGCAGCACACUGACCUCUGGGUUCUGGGAUCCUCGGGAACCCAAUGGACAUAGAGGAGAGAACUGUGCUCUGAUUUAUUCACCAGGAUGGGCUGAUUAUCCAUGUAGUGAUCGUUUUCUAUGGAUCUGUGAAAAGAGCAUUUUAAAAUAAGACAUCACAUGAACUGCAGGUUCAUGUAAUACAAUACAUAUGGGUACAUUUUCCCCUAAGAACAGCUAUAUUUAAAGGAACUGCAACUGCUAGAACACAGUUAUUUCUCUCUCUCUCUCUCUCUCUCUCUCUCUCCAUGCAGAGUAGAAUCAUUUACAACACCAAACAGUGAAGUGAAAGUGCAAAUACACACUUUAAAUGAAGCAAAUGUUUUUUUCUUAUGUAUUUUUUAUUUUUUUAUUAUAGACUUUUAUAAUAGAAAUAAAAGAAAAGGGUAAACACAGUAAAUAAACUGCUUUGAUGUUUGUUUUGAGGAGUUAUUACACUAACUAUGAAUUUCCGUCAGUUAAAAAAAAAGAGGGCAUUUGGAAGAUGGAAUACGAGAAGUAAAUAAAUAUAUAUAUAUAUAUAUAUAUAUAUAUAUAUAUAUAAAAUAGUAUAUCACUUGUACACAAAGUUUGAUAAAUAUGUUUUAUAAAUAUUUGAUAUGCAUAAAACAAUGGUGCUGUGUCAACAGUGUACUUGAUAGCAAGUAAAGAUAAAAUUUAGUGUCCUAGAUGCCAACUGUGUAGUAAAAUCAGAAUAUGGAUUAAGUGUUUUCUUUUUUUUUUUUAAGGUUUAACAUCUAAUCUUUAACUAUGACAAUCAAAAUAUGAGGUCAAUAGUCAAAUUUAACCACAGUAGCUGAGCCUUAAAGGUACAAGAAAUGAAAGCAGUGAAAUCAACCUGAAAUAUAUUUUUUUUACCAAUUUGAGAGUACUUAUGCUACUUAUGUUAACAACACAAGUUGACCAAAGUGUUUUACAGACCCAAAAUUACAAACCAAAAAAUACUGCAGUAGAUGUCAAGGAAAUGUUUGUUUUGAGCAGUUUUUACACUAAUUAUGAUUGUUUGUUCAGUGCUAGUGGCAGAAACCACUUAAUAGUUUUUACUUUUUAUAGCUUUUUUAGCAAAAAUGUCAAAGGUUUUCCUUAAAUGUGCACUCUUUGUAAUUUCUUCCACAUUCAAAUGUUAUACUGAAAUAAAAAGUACUUUUGAAAUCAUGUACACUCAUGUAGACUUGUAACCACACAAAAAAGCAUCUUAUACACCUCAAUGUGUAACUGCAUGUGUUUCUUGUUCAAGAGAUGCUGUCUCAGUUCAGUAAGACUCCGUUCAACUGAGGAUGAAUUCAGGUUAUCAUUUUAAAGCAGGAAUGGGCUCUCUCUUAAAGCAAUGAGAAGAAGUAGAAAGUGUUAUUGAUGUUUCUUCAUGUUUCCUUUUAUGUUAUCAGAUUUAUUUUUCUUUUCCAUUUUGUUAUAUGGAGGUCACAUUAAACUGACUAGAAAAGUUUUACCAUCCUUCCAUUAUUGUUUUGUGUUCAGUGCAUAGAUUCAGUUGUAUGCUGUAUACUAUCUUAAAAUAUGGAGAAACAUAAUAAAAUAAAUAUGACAUUUAAACUAUGUACAAUUUUUACACUAAUCAUGACUGUCCCUCAGUUCCUCAAAUCAAAAGUUCAAAAGGUGGUGUACUUUUUAUGAAUGAGGGGGAAAAAAAACAUCCUCAUAUAAAUAUGAAUGAUCACUGAGCUAAACAGAGCAGUAUAUUGAGAUUUUUGAGAUGAGCUGGAUGUUGACUACUGAGAAACGUGUUAAUGAACUUUCAUCUGUUGUGCAUUAUGCAAAAUGGCUGUCAUGGCACUAUAAAAAAGACAACUUUCUGUAAAUGCUCAUUUCAAGUGAAAAAAAAAAAAGAAAUUGAAAAUUGCUGAGCAUACAUAAAAGAACAGUUCACCAAAAACAACACUUCUGUCAUCAUUUACUCACCCUUGACUUCGAUCUGUAAAAUGUUUAAUAAAAUAAUAUUUUUUAAAUAAAUAAAUAUUUAUUUUAUUUUAUUUUUAUUUUUUUGUCUCAGAGCCUCUGAAAACAUCCCCAGUUGGAAUCUUAAUUUCUGGCGUGAUCGGGGCGGUUGAAAAAAAUGUGACUGUCGAGCCCUGACAAGGUCAUGGCAAUCACCGUGUACGUUCCCCCACCGUUCUGUGUAACCUGAAACAAUUUCCGACAAUAACAUGCGACCAUAAGCCAACACUAUUAGAGAUAAUGAGACAUUUAUUCAAAUGUGAUUGCAUGAAUCUCCAACCUAAUCUGGGUUAAAUACAACCCAAAUUUUUAAAUUUGAAUGAAAUGAAAACUAAAAGACUUUCAA